AUGAAUUUCAUGGAUUUAUACUGGCUGGUCCAAACGAUAUUUCGUAAAUUCUUAGGCACGCUGAAAGCAGAGGGCUGCACAGUGAUCUCUCUUAAUGAGAUGUUAGAUGAGUACAGUAGAUUUACCAUCUGGGGUGAUCAGCAAGCAGCAUACCGACCAACACGCCAUCCUCGUUCUUUGGACCUCAUCCUCCAGCGUGCGGACCGCGAUGAUUUGACAUGGCGUAUCUUCGCACGGCUGCGCGUCGGGCAUCUGAUUGUUCGUCUAACCUUGCUUUUAGAGGAAGCUAUCGCUAGAAAUGCUCCCUUCGACAAGGAUGAAUUUGAUACUACCGAAAGCGAAACUGACACGGACCUAAGUUUUGAUCCAAGAGAAAAGGCUGAGGGGCCAAGAAUUCUUCAGCUCGACUGGAGGAUCCAAAAGCAGGAGUUCCUGCGAGCCCUCAAAGACAAGGACUGCCGCGUGAUUUAUCUCAAUCUGGUUGAUCGUCCUGCGAUAAUGGAGAAAUCCAGGAACACUAAGCUCUGGGGUGAUGUGACUGAAGAAGGGGACGGGGAUCUGACUGACAAAAAUCUUUCCUAUAAUUGA